UCACUUUGCUGCCGGGCGUUGGGCCACAGCGGCGUUGGGGGCUGGGGGGCGCCGGCUCGGGGCCGGUUCUCCAGCAAGUUCUGAAGACCCGAGGGGAGGGCAGCGGGAGGGGGCGGGCAGAGGGCCCGCCGCGCGGGUGUGCGCUCCGUAACGCCUGUCGAGCCUCGGUUUCUCCGGGUGCGGCGUGGGUGGCCCCGGGGGGCGGUCGGGCGGCGCCCGAGCCACGUGCUCCCCGCCCUCUGGGCCGCCCCGGGGCGUCUGCGCCCUUGACGGACGGGCAGACUGAGGCCGAGCCGGGCGCCCGGGGCGCCCGCCCCUUUCUGCCCCGCUCCAAUACCAGGUUCCGAUGGCGGCGGCGGCGCUGACAGACCCAGGGCAAGUGAGUAAGGGGCCCCGGACGCCCACCCGCCGGAUCCCUCCUCCACGGACGCGAGCCCCGACCGAGGGAGGGACUCCACUCGGACGUCUUGUCUUCCUUCUCGGUUCGUCCGAGGCCCCAGUGUCCAGGGACUGAUGGCCUUUGAGGACGUGGCCGUGUACUUCUCCCAGGAGGAGUGGGAGCUUCUGGAUGCAGCCCAGAGGGCCUUGUACCGCCAUGUGAUGCUGGAGAACUUCGCACUCGUAGCCUCGCUGGGACUCUCUGCCUCUCGACCCCGUGUGGUCAUCCAGCUCGAGCGUGGCGAAGAGCCCUGGGUUCUCAGUGGGACAGAUGUGACCCCGGUCAGGAACGCCCAGAGGAGGCCCAGCCUUGGUUCCCACAGUCUGGCAGAGAUCAGAGAUGUUUCUGGAGAAGCAGCAUUACCAGGGGUCUUAUGGGAUAACCAUCCUCCAGCACCUACUAGGAUCCUCCCCACCACUGGUGCCUUUGAACGUGGGAAAAGCCUGGAGGGUCGGCAGGGCGCCUCACCAUUUCGGGAGAGAAAACCCACGGGGGUGUCGGUGAUCUAUUGGGAAAGGCUCCUGCUACGCCCGGGUAGCGACAAGACAGGCGUCAGCCUGCGGCUCACCUCCCCGAUGAGGGCCCCCGAGGGCGGCCCCCCCGGUGAGAAGGCCCGCACAGACCGCCCCGAGCCAGGCAAGCAGCUGAGGGCGUCUGAGCAGCAGAAGCCACACGUGCGGGAGGCCCCUGGGAGAACCUUCCCGGGCGUCCCACACCUCGAGGCGGGUCACGCUGUGGGGGAACAAAGCAUGGGUGCGGCUUGGCGUGAACCUCAGAGACUCCCCGCCGGCCAGGAGCCCCCGACCUGGGACGCGCUGGGCGAGGCCCUCCACGCCAGCCCCGGCCUCCUCCCUGGGGAGAAGCCCUUCGAGUGCAGGGCGUGCAGCAAGGUGUUCGUGAAGAGCUCCGACCUGCUCAAGCACCUGCGCACCCACACCGGGGAGCGGCCCUACGAGUGCGCGCAGUGCGGCAAGGCCUUCAGCCAGACGUCGCACCUGACACAGCACCAGCGCAUCCACAGCGGCGAGACGCCAUAUGCGUGCCCGGCCUGCGGCAAGGCCUUCCGGCACAGCUCCUCGCUGGUGCGCCACCAGCGCAUCCACACGGCCGAGAAGUCCUUCCGCUGCGGCGAGUGCGGCAAGGCUUUCAGCCACGGCUCCAACCUCAGCCAGCACCGCAAGAUCCACGCGGGCGGGCGGCCCUACGCGUGCGCGCAGUGCGGCCGCCGCUUCUGCCGCAACUCGCACCUGAUCCAGCACGAGCGCACGCACACGGGCGAGAAGCCCUACGCCUGCGCGCUCUGCGGCGCCGCCUUCAGCCAGGGCUCAUCGCUUUUCAAGCACCAGCGUGUGCACACGGGUGAGAAGCCCUUCGCCUGCGCGCAUUGCGGGCGUGCCUUCAGCCACAGCUCCAACCUCACGCAGCACCAGCUGCUGCACACGGGCGAGCGGCCCUUCCGCUGCGGGGACUGCGGCAAGGCCUUCGCCAAGGGCGCCGUGCUGCUCAGCCACCGGCGCAUCCACACGGGCGAGAAGCCGUUCGUGUGCGCGCAGUGCGGCCGCGCCUUCCGGGAGCGCCCGGCUCUCUUCCACCAUCAGAGGAUCCACACCGGCGAGAAGCCCGUGCGGAGGCCCAGGGCGGGCCUGCGCCCCCAGGCCAGACCUCCUUCGGGGGCAUCGUCAGAAGGCACGCUGCGGAGAGAAGCCGGGCCCGCUCCCGCCUCGGGCCCAGCCGCAGCUCCGAAGCCGGCUGAGGCCUGAGGGCGCAGCUCCGACCUUCCCUGGCCUGUCAUGAGUCUCUUCCACGGAUAAAGGCCGUUUCCGCUGCACAGUCACACCUUGGAGAAACCCUGUGUGUGCACUUUGGUUCCAUCUGCACGUGGUGACAAGAUUUGCCACUUCAACCACAGUUCACUUCUCCAUCCCUAAGAGGUCACACUGCAGAAAGGUCAGAGGGACGCACGUGGAGGCUGGGACUUUGGUGGGGCAGAGACUUGGCAGUCAGAGCCAGAGGGAGGUCAGCACGGUGGUGCCACUUCAGGCAUGUUGUGACCGGGCGCUAAGGUGAGGAAGGCUAGUGCGGGGAUGAGGUAGAGGCGGUCCAGAGGAAUUUCUGACGUCCACACGCAAACUGGCCCAGGGCUGACCCUCAGGAUACCUGCCCCUCCGCCUCAGAUCAUCUAAGGCUUCCUAGGAGCCAGCCCAGUGGACCAGAGGUCACGUGGGGGUCGGGUGCUGGCCUUGGGCGAGUUGCUGGGCUCCUAGCCUCGGCUUCCUUCUCUGGGGAAACAAGACAUAGGUUCAGUUCUACAGAGGGUAUUUGCAGCACCUCCACAGGUGGGAUCUUGAUAAGGGCCAACACGUGUCAACGCCAGCCCCUGUUCUGAGUGCCGCGCAGUAUCUGCUAACAGCCCUGUGAGAUGGCUGCUGUGGCUGGUAUCCCUGCUUCUCAGAUGAGGAAACUGAGGCAGAAACAGGGGACAUGAGUUGCUCACACCAGCACCAGGACUUGAACCCAGGCCUCUGGCCCAGCAUCCAAAUAGCUCACCACCCCACCCCCACGCUCUAGUCUGCCAGCUCUGAGGGCUGAGUGAGGCCUGGCCUGGCUCCCCAUACAUGGCAGACCCACAGGAAGUGGAAGAGGUGGAGUCUGAGGGGAAAGCCAAAACCAUGGCUCCCCAGCCAUGCUUGUUCAUCAGAUUCUCAUCCAAGCCUCAGCACUGGCUGUGUCCUUUUGUUACCACAGGCAGCGUUACAGGAGCUUUUACGUCCCUGCUGGCCUUACAAGAGGUGACUGUAAUAACAGAUUCAGAUGAGACAAAGUGGGGCUGCUUGUUUCUGCCAGGUCCAGUGGCUGUGUGCCCACCUAUUCUCUUCCCUCAGUUGGAAGGAGGACUUUCCCCAGUGGGACUUGGUGUUACCUAAGGCCGUGUGUGGUGCCUCCUGAGAUCUCCCCAUCCCCCAUUGUGACAUCCCCACACGGUGGGGACACUGAGGCAGAAAGGGUGGGGCCCUAGUUUGCGUCCUGUGGCCUUCAGCAGACCAGGGUCCAUCUUGACCUGGGGCCUCACUCCCAGGAAGUUAAUCGUCGUUUUAGUGUGGGGAUAAAAAAGACUAGAAGUUACAACUUGGAAUGGACAUACAUUGUAAAUUCUUGCACAACAUUGUGGAAGGCCUCAGCCUCCGCCUCCAGGUCAUGGUUCAGAAAGUUUUUAACAACAGGGAGUCCAGAGAGGCUCCCUGAUAAAGGUUUCUUUUUAAAGUG